AUGGCCACUGUCAACACCAAGACGGGCCAGUCCGUUGACCGGACGGUCCUGGACUCCAUGCUCCGUCGCCGCAUGUUCUACACCCCCUCCUUCGAAAUUUAUGGUGGAGUGUCUGGUCUGUACGAUUAUGGUCCACCAGGAACCGCCCUGAUCGCCAACAUGACCGACUUGUGGCGCAAGCACUUCGUGCUCGAGGAGGACAUGCUCGAGGUCGACACCACCAUGUUGACCCCCCACGAGAUUCUCAAGACCAGUGGGCACGUGGACAAGUUCGCCGACUGGAUGUGCAAGGACCCCAAGACUGGCGAGAUUUUCCGUGCCGACCACUUGGUUGAGGAGGUGUUGGAGAACCGCCUCAAGGGUGACAAGGAGGCGCGUGGUCAGAAGGUUGUCGUGGACGAGGAGAAGGAGGCCAAGAAGAAGAGAAAGGCCAAGGGCACCGAGGCCAAGAAGUUGGACGAUGCCCUUGUCAAGGAGUACGAGGAGACUCUCGCGCAGAUUGACAACUACGGUGGCCCUGAGUUGGAGGAGCUCAUCAAGAAGCACGAUAUCCGCAACCCCGUUACCGGCGGCGAGGUUCUCCCUCCCGUCUCCUUCAACCUCAUGUUCCAGACCUCUAUUGGUCCUAGCAGCAAUAUGCCCGGUUACCUGCGCCCCGAGACCGCUCAGGGUCAGUUCUUGAACUUUGCAAAGCUGUUGGAGUUCAACCAGCAGUCCAUGCCCUUCGCCUCUGCUUCCAUUGGCAAGUCGUUCCGUAACGAGAUCUCCCCUCGUGCCGGUCUCCUGCGUGUGCGUGAGUUCCUGAUGGCCGAGAUUGAGCACUACGUCGACCCCGAGGGUGGCAAGAAGCACCACCGCUUCGAGGAGGUCAAGGACGUUGAGAUGACCCUACUCGACCGCAACGUGCAGCUUUCCGGCAGCACCCAGCUGACCAAGAUGACCAUCGGCAAGGCCGUUGAGACUGGCCUGGUCGACAACGAGACCCUGGGUUACUUCUUGGCCCGUAUCCAGUCCUUCCUGAUGAAGCUUGGUGUCGACCCCACUAAGCUGCGCUUCCGCCAGCACAUGGCCAACGAGAUGGCUCACUACGCCACCGACUGCUGGGAUGCCGAGUUGCAGACCAGCUACGGAUGGAUUGAGUGUGUCGGCUGUGCUGACCGCAGUGCUUAUGAUCUGACUGUUCACAAGAACAAGACUGGAGCCCCUCUCGUCGUGCGCCAGAGCCGUGCUGAGCCUCUGCGCAUUGAGGAGUACCAGAUCGACCUCGAGAAGAAGAAGUUCGGUCCCCGCUUUAAGAAGGAUGCUAAGACUGUUGAGACUGCCAUCGAUGCUCUGUCCCAGGAACUGCGCGAGAAGCUGUCCCUGGACCUCGAGAAGAACGGCAAGAUUGAGGUCGAUGUUGAGGGUGUCGGAUCCGGCAAGGUUGAGCUGGAGAAGGACCUCAUCAAGAUCGAGAAGCGUACCCGCGUUGAGAACGUCCGCGAGUACACCCCCAACGUUAUCGAGCCUUCGUUCGGUAUUGGCCGUAUCUUGUACAGCAUGAUCGAGCACUCUUACUGGUCCCGAGCCGGCGAUGAGUCCCGCGGUGUCCUUUCAUUCCCCCCUGCUGUCGCCCCUACUAAGGUCCUGCUGGUUCCCCUCUCUACCCACGCCUCCUUCAAGCCCCUGACCCUGCGUCUGACCAACAAGCUGCGUAAGCUGGGUAUCUCCAACCGUGUUGACGACUCCUCUGCCAGUAUUGGUAAGCGUUACUCCCGCAACGACGAGCUGGGCACACCCUUCGGUGUCACUGUCGACUUCCAGUCCGUUCAGGAUGGCACCUUCACUCUCCGUGAUCGCGAUACCACCAAGCAGGUCCGCGCUAGCGAGGACGAUAUUCUUCAGGCCAUCAAGUCACUUGUCGAUGGCGACGAGACCUGGGAGGAUAUCCGCAAGCGCCUGCCUGAGUUCACAUCCCAAGAGAUCGAAUAG